GUAGCCGCUGGCGAGGCUCAGUUACUCGACAGCAAACACUAGCGCGCCCGGCCUAUUACAGGGGCUGCCCGCUGAAGCCGUCUCGGCCAUCUUUGUCAGCCUCGCCGUUCCUUCUACUUCUCAACAGCUGUCACCGCGAUCCUCCGUUCCGGGUUUCCUUUGUUCACUGUCUCCGUGUCACUGGAAUCUGCUGGCAGCUCUCCAAAGCUUCUCCCUUUGGUUUCUUCUUCCCUUUCCUCCUGGUCGACCAUCUCUCACCAUGGAUCCCAACGACCAACCGCCCGCGGGGCCUGACGCACCUGACAAGGAAACGAUGGAGCAGAUCCGGGCACGGCGUCUGGCCAAGCUGGGCAAGCCCGCAACGCCGAAGCCGGCGGAGAGCAAGCCCCCGGAAGCUGGCAGCUCGACAUCAUCGCCAGCUCCUCCCGAGACAAACGAGGCGAACAAGACCAAGAUCAACAUCACACCGGCGGCGGCCUCGCCGGCUCCAAACCCCUUUGAGCAGCUGGGCGUCGGGUCGAGCAGGCCGGCCGAGGCCGCGAGCCCUACAGCGCCGCCGCCCCCGCGCAAGCCUACGCCCGCACAGGUCGAGUCGGACGAGGACUACGCCGAUAGAGUGCUCAGCCAAAUCUUCCGCAUCACGGCCGAUCCCCACCGGAUGACACAGGGCCACCACCGUCUGACCUUUCUCCCGAACCUCAACCAAGAGCUGGUCGAUUCCGGGGAGCCCCUGAAGCUGUCCGUCAACAACCUGGACCAGGCCAUCAUAGAGGCUUGCAGCAGCUUGCCCCACGACAAGCCCCUGAUGCAGUAUCUGCUGCCGUGCUGGAAGAGAGCCGUGAAAGCGGCUGCGGGGAACAAACAGACAAGUGGCGUCAGGUUCGAGAUUCAUGAGGAGUCGAAGCGCCUUUGCAUGAGCAACUGCCUGUUUGCCGUCACCAUGCCGGUGCUAUAUGGCCGCGAGCCGAAUCCGGAGCAUGACACCAUUGCUCCUUAUCUCUUGAGGAGUCCUAUCGACGAAGAGGGGAUAUGCUUUGACUUCAUCAAAGAAGCAAUCAAGCGAUUUGACGAUGACGAAGCCUUUCCCGCCAUUUUCAACGAUGCCAUGGUCAAGAUCAGCACCCAGCUUGCGGGCAUGUCCAUGGGUGACGAUUAUAAGCCCCAUGUUCAGGCGCUGGUGACAUAUACGCGUUUCCCUAUCCUCAUAACUAAUCUCGCAAAGCACGCUUGCUUUAAGCUUGCCGUGUCCGCCCACAAUAUUGAGAGGAGCACUAUUCUCGGCCCUUUCUUCCGUCUCUCCCCUCUACAGCCAGAAGUGAUCAAGAGCUACUUCCCUGGCUCUCGGACUUUAGACAAGGCCCGUAUCACAAAUGCCCAAGACGCUCUGCGAAUGGUGCUGAGGACGCACCAAGACGACUUGUUCGUCAUCACGAAUGCUUUCAUCCGGGCAGGGCCCGAUACGAGGAACCGCACACUAGACUGGUUCGCUUACAUUCUAAACACGAACCAUAAGCGGAGAGCAAUGCAGGUAGACCCUAGAGAAGUCGCCUCGGACGGCUUCAUGAUGAACGUGACGACGAUUCUGGAUCGAUUCUGUGAACCCUUCAUGGAAAACGACUUCAGCAAAAUAGACAAGAUUGACGUACGGUACUUUAGGAGACAGCCACGAGUCGACAUCAGCGAUGAGACCAAGCUCAACGCCGACCAAGCUGCCGCCGAAAAGUACUAUGCCCAAAAGGAGGAGGGGGAAUCAAACUUCAUCACCGAAGCCUUCUUUUUGACGCUGGCUGCUCAUCACUACGGAAGUGAGGCGCUCAACUCUCAGCUGAAAAACCUCGACCGGGAAAUCAAGUACCUGGAGAAGCAUAUCAGGGCCAUGGAGGCGGAGCGCCCCAAGCUGGCGAAUUCUCCGCACCAGCUGAGGUUGUUUGAGGAGACGCUCAAGCGUCACACCAACGUCCUGGAGAAGACGAUAGCGCUCAAGUACUCGAUAGAGGGCGUUCUUCUUGACGAGAGGAUGCAGAGCACCUCUUUGCGGUUCAUGCGAUAUGUCACUGUGUGGCUGCUUCGAAUCGCGACGGGGGCUGACUAUAAGCCUGGACUCGAAUCUGAGACUAUCAAGUUGCCUAUCGAACUAGGGCACUCUGAUGCCUUUGCGUAUCUUCCGGAGUACACACUUCAAAACAUCGUCGAUAACUUCAAGUUUGUGUUCCGAUGGCUGCCUACCAUUCUUCCUAGCGCGGUGGGAGAAGAAAUGAUUGCCUUGUGCAUCACAUUUCUCCGAUCCUCGGAACACAUCAAAAACCCUUACCUCAAGUCAUCACUGGUGUCUCUGCUCUUCUCCGGCACCUGGCCCUUUAUGCACCUUAAGAGAGGUGUCUUGGGUGACCAGCUCAUCUCCCUCAAGUUUGCCAACGACUAUCUCCUGCACGCCCUCAUCAAGUUUUACAUUGAAUGCGAGUCCACGGGAGCCAACUCACAAUUCUACGACAAGUUCAACAUUCGGUAUGAGAUCUUCCAGGUCAUCAAAUGCGUGUGGGUCAACGACGUCUACAGACAGCAACUCAUCAAGGAGAGCAAGGUCAACCGGGGCUUUUUUGUCCAGUUUGUCAACAUGCUUCUGAACGACACCACUUACGUCCUGGAUGAAGCCUUUACGAAAUUCCCCAAGAUCCGCACCCUCGAGAAAGAACUCGAGGAUCGCAGCCUCUCGACAGAAGACCGGCAGAAGAAGGAGGAAGAGCUGCAGACUCUGGGAAGCCAGGCGACAUCCUACAUGCAGCUGGCCAACGAGACACUCGAAAUGAUGAAGCUGUUUACAAAGACGCUUAGCGAGGCUUUUACCAUGCCCGAAAUUGUGUCGCGUUUGGCGAGCAUGCUGAACUACAACCUCGAGACGUUGGCCGGUAAGAAGGCUGCCGCCGAGUUGAGUGUCUCCAACAGGGAAAAGUACCACUUCCGGCCGAUACAGCUGCUGUCUGAUUUUGUCGACAUUUACCUGAACCUUGGGUCAUCCCGGGUCUUUAUCGAAGCCGUCGCUGCCGAUGGCCGCUCAUACAAGCCAGAGGUUCUUGACCGUGUCUCUCGCAUCCUUUCGACAAAGCACCACAAGGACGCCGCGGACAUUGCCCGGUGGGACAAGCUCAAGCUCAAGUUUAUCGAGGCAAAGGAGCUGCUGGACCAGGCCGAGCUUGACCUCGGAGACAUCCCGCCCGAGUUUGAGGAUCCCAUCAUGGGAGAGCUGAUGAAGGAUCCCGUGCUCCUGCCGAGCAGGCACAUUGUCGAUCGGUCGACGAUUGUGCAGCAUCUGCUGAGCGAUCCGAAGGAUCCGUUUACGCGGCAGCCCAUGUCGAUUGAUGACGCGAUCCCUCAGACGGAGCUGAAGGAGAAGAUUGAGGCGUGGCGGCAGGAGAGAAUUCAAGCAGCCAAGGAGAAGAUGGCGGGAGAAGCCGAGCAGAAGACGGCGGAAGGAGCCGAGCAGAAGACUGCGGAAGAAGCCGAGGCGAAGGCAGCGGGAGAACCCGAGGAUAAGGUGGAAGGCGAAGCUAUGGACACUGCUGAGGGGUAG